AUGGCUUCCCAAAUCAACGGCAUUCCAUUCACAUUGAUUGAACCCCGCAGCAUAGCGGCUAAGAAGAGCUCUUCAUCCACUAAAGAACACAAAGUCGUUGAAACCUUCAAGCGAUGGGUCGAAGCACUCAACAAACAAUUUGGUCCCUUGCCUCAAGGCACAACAGCGAUAUGCUUCCGUCUCAUCUUCCCCCAUGAAGACUUUAAACGCAAAUACGACAUGCAGGAAUUACGCUUACAGGGUCUCCUGGCCCAAUGCUUCGGGUUCAACCCGUCCAGGUUUUCUGAGUGGAAAAGUCCAGAUGCUUCCGGCUGUCUCGGUCACGAACUCAGAUCCAUCCUCGAAGACAUGGACACUAACGAUGAUAACUACAUCACACCUCUCUCAAUCGCCCAGGUAGAUGAGCUCCUUGACGAGCUCGCCGCCCUCUCCGGGUUUACAGACAUCAGCAUCAAGCAAAAGUAUCCCAAAGGCCAGAGACGCACCCGUAUCCAAGUCAUCCGUGACCUCUAUCGUUCCAUGCGUCCAGAAGAUGCUGGAUUCCUCACCCAAAUAAUCCUCAAGGACCUCCGUCCCCUGCUGUACCCCCUCCAGGAGACAAACUUUACGGUUGCCCUGCGCUACUUCAACACCAAAGCGGUCACGAUGCUCACCAAGGAGGACGCAAUGCGUGUUUGGGACUCUUCAAACACAAUGCUCAACGCGUCGCGCGUAUUCUCAGACCUGGAUCGAGCAGCUGCAAUCUUCGAGACUCCUCCAGAGGAAAGGCCUAAGCUUGUACCAGUCAUUGGAACUAUGAUCGAGCUUCCUAAAUCACGCAAAGCCUACAAAUGUAUCCACGGUUACUCACAACUCAAGGAUUCGAAAAAGGUUUGGGCAGAAAUUAAAUACGAUGGCGAGCGGGCCCAAAUCCACGUAGAGGUCCAACCUGAAGGUCCACCUCGGAUCACAAUCUUUAGCAAGAGCAAAAGAGACUCGACGCUCGAUCGUCAUGAGAUCCACGACGUGGUCCGCGACGCUUUGGGAUUCAACGGCAGGCGUUCAACCGGGAAGAUCAAACAAAACAUCGUUCUCGACGCCGAGAUGGUUGCCUUCAACGGCCAUAAAAUCGACGAGUUCUGGCGAAUUCGUCGACUUGUCGAGAACACCGCCUACGGUGUCCGACGGGUCUCCCGCCGACGACAACGGAAAGACGACGCUCCAGAAUCCCAGCUCUCCAUGCUUAGCGAUGAUGACACUGAAACUCGGCACCUUGGGCUCGUGUUCUUCGACGUUCUCCUUCUCGACUCUAAAAGCCUCCUCUUCACACCCUACCACGAGCGACGCACGACCCUUGAAUCCCUCAUCCAAUGUACGCCAGGCAAAGUCAUCUUGGCCGAAAGGUUUCCCAUUCCAAUGAGACCUCCUUUGACUGCCCAAUCCAACCUUCGCAGCAUCUUUGCAAGUGUGAUUGCGGACCACCAGGAAGGGCUCAUCCUCAAAGCUGAAGAGUCCCGUUACAACGACUGGAAACUACCUUGGGUGAAAGUGAAGAAGGAUUAUAUCCCAAACUUCGGUGACACAAUCGAUAUGGUUCUGGUCGGUGCUUCCUGGGAGAAAAACCGUGCCAGAGAUCUACGAGUUGGGCCUGACACGUACACCACGUUCUACAUUGGGACGUUCAAAGAUCGAUUCUCACCAAAACCACACAUCGAGGUGUUCUACACGACCUGCUAUGGUCUCUCCCGAGCCCAGUUGGAAGACUUCAAUUGUAUGUUGCGAUCCGUCGACACCCUCCCUUACCCCCUUCCGAAGGACCAGAGUCCAGAAAAUUAUACCUUCACCCUCCUCCCGGGUCUACAACCUCCGACCAUGGUACUACAACAACCACUGUUGGUCGCUCUCUUCGGAGCCGGAUUCACCAAAGCUCCUGGAUCACGGUUCUACGAACUCCGCUUCCCUCGAAUCGAAAAACUCUAUCGUCCAGCCGAACGAAGUUGGAAGGACGCAGUAGAUUUGCGCACCCUCCAUGACAUCGCCUGUGAGUCCGUAGGACGGGACCGAGCAGAUAAGGAUAUAGACGAUUGGGCAAAGGAGCUGUUCAACGUCCCUACGGCCUCUGGAGCCAAGUGCCCUCUGAAGCGAGAGCAGAUGGCGAGGAUGUGGGAAGAGAGACUGCGUGCGAUGGACAUGGGAUUGGAGGAUCCAGGCUUGAAGCCUGUCGCGACGAAGAGGUCCAGACGACAGGAGGGUGAGGAGGUCGAGAGCGCUUCGCCUGCGAAGAAACCUCGCGUAGAACCUGUCGAACCCUUGGCUAAGGUCGAUACUUGGGCCGCCGGGCACACCUGCGACGAGGUUAGGGCCGUUGCCUACACCUUCGACGUCAUCCCCAACUCGGCGCGUCAGUCGCAGGGAGGAACGAGAUACCCUUCCCCUCAAGUCACCUCAGUUUGGGCCCACGCCGCCAACGAGCUCUCCCGUUCCACCGUCAAGUUCCCAGAACGAGGUUCAACCUAUCAUCAAGCAAGAACCUUUGCUCUUGGAUGGUGCCCAUGUCUCCUUCACAAAUCCACGAACGACCUGCAAAACGUGCCGACUCCUGCGGAAGCAGCUCCCUUCAGACCGUAA